UGUUAAGAAAGAAAGGGAGAAAAUUGCGUGAUGGUUAGAUUUUAUUGUUAUUAUUUCUAGAAAUAAUUUUUGUGUAUUUUUAAUUCGGUACAUAUUGUUAAUUAAUCUGAGAUAAGAAGAAUAAUGAAUUAACUGUCUGUGUAUAUGUUUUGAUGCGAAAAUGGCAGGAUAUUUAAGUAGAUCGGUGUCACUGAGUCCAAUCGAACCUAACCCGCCGAGUCAACCAGGACAGACCCAGAACAAGCAAAAUUCGAAUUCGGAACAGAGACGAAUGCAAGAAGUUGUUAUUUCUCCACUGAAAAUAUUCGUCCUAGCGAAGAAGAAGAUAAACGAUGUCUUUGUAGGAAUCCGCGAUUACGUUGACGAAAGUUACGAUUUUCUGGUGGAAUUGGGACCGCAUGGUUCCGUUGUUUCGUCUCAACACAUUCAAGAUGUGGCACAGUUUAAAGAAAAAGUCAGCGGAAUUAGAGAAGUAUUGGCCAGGGAUCACAUGAAGGUGGCGUUCUUUGGAAGAACGAGUAACGGAAAGAGCUCCGUUAUCAAUGCCAUGCUUCAGGAUAAGAUCCUUCCCAGCGGUCUCGGCCACACCACCAAUUGCUUCCUGCAGGUCGAGGGUUCGGAUACUUCCGAGGCUUAUCUGAUGACCGAAGAUUCCGUGGAGAAAAAGAACGUGCAGUCGGUGGCUCAACUCGCUCAUGCUCUCAAUUCGGAAAAUUUGGGAGAAAGCACUUUGGUUAGAAUAUUUUGGCCGAAAGAUAGGUGUCCUCUCUUGAGAGAUGACGUAGUUUUAGUUGAUAGUCCGGGCAUAGACGUUUCGCCCAAUUUAGACGAAUGGAUUGAUAAACAUUGCCUCGAUGCGGAUGUAUUCGUAUUGGUUGCAAAUGCAGAAUCGACGCUGAUGCUCACAGAAAAGAAUUUCUUUCAUAAAGUAAGCGAACGACUUUCGAAGCCUAAUAUUUUCAUCCUAAAUAAUCGUUGGGAUGCAUCUGCUUCCGAGCCCGAAUUUCUGGAUAAAGUAAGAAAGCAACAUAUGGAUCGUAAUGUUAGCUUUCUUGUUGAUGAAUUAAAGGUUGUCAGUCGGCAGCAGGCAGAGGAUCGCGUCUUCUUUGUGUCGGCAAAGGAGGUGCUCCAAGCAAGAUUACAACAACAAAAAGGUCUUCCUCCUCAUAAAGGUGCCUCGAUGAUAGAAGGUUUUCAGAAUCGUUUCUUUGAAUUUCAAGAUUUUGAAAGAAAAUUUGAAGAAUGUCUUUCUAAAGCUGCUGUUAAAACUAAAUUUGAACAGCAUACCCAACAAGGGAAGGCUAUAACAAACAAUCUUUGGGCCAUUAUGGAUAGUGUUUAUGAAGGUGCCAAUGAUCUGAAAAAACAACGAUUGAUGCAGAGAAAAGAAUUAUGGGAUAAGCUUGAUUUUACAGAGCAACAGCUGAAUUUAUUGACAGAUGAAAUAAAACACCAGAUUGGACAGUUAGUUGAAUUAGUAGAACAGAAAGUAGCUAGUGCAUUGAGUGAAGAAAUACAAAAACUUGCUGUGCUUGUCAAUGAGUUUGAAAGACCUUUUCAUCCUGAUAGUUUAGUUACUAGCGUGUAUAAAAAAGAAAUGAAUGCUCAUAUCGAAAGUGGUUUGGGAAGUAAUAUGAGAGGAAGGCUGUCUUCAACCUUAGCUAGUCUGGUUGAAAGCUCUCAGGGAAAGAUGAUUGAGCGAAUCUCUACUCUCUUACCCCAGGAACAUCGUCAACAAAUGAUGAACGUGUUACCACGUCACAAUUUUGAAGUCUUGUAUCGCCUUAAUUGUGAAAGCUUAUGCUCUGAUUUUCAGGAAGAUUUAGAAUUUCGUUUUUCUCUUGGAUUAACAAAUAUGAUGAGACGUUUCUUGGGUAUUCAACAAACAAAAGCAACAUUGAAUCAGUUUAGAAAUAUUUCAAGACCAAUUCCUACCACUCCACAGACUCCCAGUAAUGAAAUAAAACCACUGCCACAAGUCAAUCCUGAUUAUUUAGCAUUAGUUCAAAAGAUUGCCUUAGUUUCACCUUCUUCCCAAACAGCUGUUGGUGCAUUAGCCAUCGGUGGUCUCUUAGUCAGAACUGUGGGUUGGAGAGUGAUAGCCGUGAGCUUUGGAGUUUAUGGUUUAUUGUAUCUUUAUGAACGACUUACGUGGACAAAUAAAGCAAAGGAGAGAGCAUUUAAGAAGCAGUACGUCAAUCAUGCAACACGCAAGUUACGAUUAAUAGUUGAUCUGACAAGCGCCAAUUGCAGUCAUCAGGUUCAGCAAGAACUGUCUAGCACUUUUGCAAGACUUGGCCACUUGGUUGAUGAAGUUAUUAGCGAUAUGCGAAUAGAAGUAAAAGAUUUAGAUAAUGAUAUAGAAAAGUUGGACAAAUCUGGAACGGCUGCCAGAAUUUUCCGAAACAAAGCCGGUUAUCUCGGUAGCGAACUGGAAACUUUCUCACAGCAAUAUUUACAAUAUGAACAGUAGUAAUGUAAACAUAUCCAUAUUUUAGUUAUGUUUAAUAUAUUGCUGCAGUUUAAUUAAUAUAUUGUUAAUAAUUUGACAUACCAGUCAAAUUAAAUGCGUUAAUACUACGUAUAAUGAAUUAAUUUUCCCAAAAGGAUUGUUUUGUUAUUGGAAAGAUAGACAUUAAAUUUAAUUUGUAUUUUAAUAAUAUUAUAAAUAAUGAAAUUGUAAAUGGAUGAAAUAUAUGUAAUUUCAUGUAUAAAUAAUAAAUUUAAUGUCAUAAAAUUGUUUGUAUUUGUUUUAAAAAAUUUCAAUUAAGAGUUGCAAAUGUUUAGAUUCUGCAGCUUUAUAUUGGACAUAUUCUAAAAAAUGGAUAAUUGGUCAUAUUUAUUAGUAUAGAAAAACACUUAAAUGCCCAAAAAGGGAAAAAUAUAGUACUGUUUUUUAUCAUUCUACAUAUUUGUGUGCGUUAUAGCAAAUUAAUGUGUUGAAUGAUAAAAAGUACGCAUAAAGCCAAUAAUAUCUUUAUUGAAACAAUGAAUUUAUUUCAAAAUAUGAGAGAACAUUUUCAAUUUUUCCCUCUGUGAUGGUAAUUAUUUUGAUUUUUAGUACAAUUUCGGUCGUACAUAUUCUAAUUAUUUUGAUUUUACUGCUAGAAAACAGUUUGAAUCAAGCUAUAACAUGAUAUAUUGGAACAUUUUUGUAGAUACAGUGAAUGGAAAACACUAGAAUAUAGUUAUUCAUUUUGCAUCUUUAUGAUAUGUUAAAUAGAAUAAGUUGCUUGAAAACUUAUUUGUAGAGUUUGUUAUCCUAGCACUUUUUGGAUUCUUCCAACCUAUCCUCAGGGACAGUCAAUAUAAAAAAAAAACAUUAACAGUUAAAAAUCAUAGUAAGAAUGUUGGUCAAUAUUUCACCACCUAACAGAAAACAGCUUUUUCUAAGAAACCAACCCCAGUUUUAAACCCCAUUGAUCAUUUCAGUACUUUCCUUAUACAGUAAUUGACUAUUUCUGAAGAUAGGUUGGAAGAAGUUGAUAGCACUAGGAUAAUAUAGAUGUAAACUCUGGAAAAGUAGUUUUUUUGAAUGAAUAAUUUGGUACAGGAGUUUUGUAUGUUAGAAUAAUAACCACUUGAUGUGUAAA